AUGCCUAGAACAAAAGAGCUCACUGAGUUUUUCAGAAAGAAGGUUACAGAUGUCUAUCAGUCUGGGAAGGGAUUUAAUAAAAUCACAAAACUAUUGAACAUCGAUCAUUCCACUGUCAAGAAGAUCAUCUACCAGCAGAGAUUUCAAACAACUGUCAACUUGGCCAACCCAGGCUGUUCCAGCAAGUUCAACCCAAGAGCUGAAUGGAAGAUGCUGAAAGAACUCUUUAAGAACUCCAGAAUUUCAUCCUGUGACCAAAGGCAGCUCUUAUCACUAUUGGUGACAAAAUGGCAGUCCACAAUUAGAAAGAAACUGUACAAAUUAGACCUACAGACAGAAUUUUUGCUAUCUAUAAAGAACAUCAGGGCAAGACUAAAGUUUGCUCAUAAACACCUCGGGCUUCUGGAGCAAAGUGCUGUUGAUGGGUUUUCUCUCUCCUUACCAGCACCACAGAAUUUGACAAUUGAGUCAUAUAAUUUUCAGAAUGUAUUGAGGUGGUCUCCAGUUAAGGGAAUCAAUGGUCCAGUGUUUUACAGUGUUCAGCGUUGCUUCAGAAAUUCAGACCGAACAUGGGAAAAAGUGAAUUGUACAGAUAUCAUGAAACCUGAAUGUGAAUUUGAGUCUAUCAAGGAUUUUUAUGGAAUUACUUUGCGUGUUAGAGCUGAAGAAAGCAACUUAAAAUCUGAAUGGACUGAAACACGACGUCCCUUUGUUGCUCUGGAAGAUACCAUUAUAGGACCUCCAAGAGUAAUAAAUGUAACUUCAGCAGCUAAUUCAAUUCUUAUCAGUUUCUUGCCUCCUUUUGAGAAAAGAAGUAAUUUCUCUUCAUUUGACUAUACAAUCUAUUGGGAGAAUUCAAAAGAUGUAUCACUAACCAUGAAUACUGUACACAGACUUAAGGAUCUAAAGGAAAGUACUACAUAUUGCUUUAGGAUACAAGCAAGCCUGAAAGACCUCAAAGGAGAAAAAAGUGGUAUUUAUUGUACAAAAACUACAAUCACUGAGGGAACAAGAAUUUUCUAUUGCAUAUUGAUAUUUGUAUCUAUGCUUUUAAUACUAGCUUUAGUAUUUUUUCUGUUAAUGAUUAUUCGGAAGUAUCCAGAUAUAAUUAAGUCCUUUUGGCAACCUCCUCUAACAAUACCAUCACACUAUGGAGAGGACCUAAAUGACCCCCAAAUGAUUACAAUUGAAGAAUUUCAGAGCGCUGCUGGAGAAGAUCCUUGGGACAUUAUUUCAAUUACUUCCAAAGCAGAAGAUGAUAAGAUUCUGACAAGUUUUGCCAGUGAACACAGUUGAUAGACAAUAUGAUGAAAAAUAUUUUAUAUCAUUUACACCUUAUUCAUUACCAUCAAGUUGUUUUAGCUGCUUAAGACAUCCAGUUUCUAAGGAAGUUCUGCUCAUCCGUCUGUGUAGCAAUAUGAAUUAAGAAACUGAUUUUCAUAGCACGUUUAUUCAUUUGGAAGAAAGUCCUAAUAUUUCAGUAGGUUUAGCCUGGAUAAAUGCGUUCAGAAUUUCAGUGUGAAUGUUAGGAGAACACAAAUCCUAUUGCCUUAAUGAUUAAAAAGUUUUGUUUUUCCCUGGGCAAUAUUGUGCAACAAGGAUAGUUUACACCAGCAUUACCUCAUUAAAACUUUUUGCAAUAGAUCACGGGUAU